CUGCCGGGAAUUGUUGUUUCUUCAGGCAAUAAUAAUCAUGGGACAGACAGUCCAUUGGACAGGCAGUCAGUCAGUUGGCUCUUUCGCUCCACUAAGUUGAUCAGUCUGAUUUUAGUGUGCUGUGAAGAUGAGGGGAAAAGUUAAACUUUGGACUCUUCCUAUUCUGCUGGCAGUUCUGCUUAUCAAAAAUACACACUCGGUAUCAUCAGGUAGCCCCAGAGGAUCAGGGAAAAAGCCCAGCUCAGCUGCAAACCCUCCAAACCGCAAUGCCCCUUCUGCCCCUGCCCCUGGUGGUACUGUUGAGGUUGUUGCUGCUGCCUACGUGAGCUCCCAGGAGUGUCUGGGCCAGAAGUACACACGGCUGUCCUGCAGUAAGAUCAACUGUCCUCCUGGGCGGCGCUGUGUGAAGGGCAAGUGCGAGUGUAUGCCAAGUGAUCAGUGCCCCGACGCUGGCGACAACCAGACGGUCUGUGGAAGUGAUGGAAAGCAGUAUGACAGUGCAUGCCAUUUAAUGGCUCAUAGCUGCAAUAAUGCGGAAGGUGUUCACUUUUCACACAAUGGAGCUAACUGUAGUGCAGACAAUGUUUUCAGCACAUCUCUGCUUCUGAAGACAGAUAAGCAGAUUAUUGAGUUGACACUGCCCAACACUGGAACUCGUGCCCUGGUGUGUAAGAAUGACAAGAUGAACAUCGCUGCUGCUCACAUUGUGUGUCUUCACAAAAACAAUAAGUUGGCAAAAAAAUCUCCCAAUAUAAGGUAUGAUAAUGCAAUGCUCCAUCUCCAUCAGCCUGAUCUUCCAGAUGUAUGUGUUGAGGUGUUGUGUAAAGGACACGAAAACUCCCUGGCUGAGUGCAAAACAGGCCAACCAACUAGACUGGAAAACAACAGCCACAUAGCACAAGUCCAGUGCUACACAGGUGGACAACAAGGUUCACAAGUUCGUAGAUGUCAAGAGGGUUAUAUUCAAUGUGCAAAUGGAAGAUGUAUGGAGCUCAGUAAAACGUGUGAUGGAGUCAACAACUGUGGAGACGGCAGUGACGAGAUGUGCUGCAAAGAGUGUCGUUCUGGUGCUUUCCAUUGCAAGUCUGAUGUGUGUAUUCCUGACUUUGCUCUUAAUGACGGAUUCCCAGACUGUCUGGAUGGAGAAGAUGAGGCUAGUUCAGAUGGAGAUGAACAGCCCAAUCCAGACACCCUGCCAAACCCAAAAAUCACCACCACCACCACCCCCCCUACAACCACGCUACCUCCAACCACGCUACCUCCAAUUACCACUGAGAGGCCCAUCCUCACUGACGAGUACCUGGGCCCCGAGGAGUGCCUGCGGAAGAAGUUCACCCAGCGCUCCUGCGGCAGGAACUUCUGCCCGCCGUGGAUGCGCUGCGUAGAUGAGGUGUGCCACUGCAAGCUGCCCUACAUGUGCGAGCGUACUGGCCAGAGCGUGUGUGGCUACAACGGCCGGAAGUUCUUCAACCACUGCCAGGCCCUGGCAGCCAGCUGCCGACUCGGCGACAGGAUGUUCUCCCACUUUGGAGAGCAGUGCAGCAAGGAGAAUGUGUUUGGCACAUCUCUGAAAACGGAGAAGCAGGUGGUGGAGGUGAGGGUGCCCAUUGCCUCCAGCGCCCUGGUGUGUGCCAAGGGCUGGGACAUGGCCGCCGCCCACGUGGUCUGCAGGGACACCACCAAAAAGGCUCAGAGGGCAGAGAGUGCAGGCUCGGUGGCCUUCUCGGAGGUGCAGGGCAGCGGGUUGCCGGGGGUGUGCGUGAGGGUGCAGUGCACGGGGCACGAGCUCUCCCUGGCAGAGUGCAACAUCUACGGGGACAAGAGGCCUCUCACUGGCACUGCCCAGGUGGCCACAGUCAAGUGUGCCACGGAGGAUGCGGGUUCUGCUAAGUGUGAGUUCCUCUGUGCCAAUGGCCACUGUGUGAAGCGGAAUGAGACGUGCGACGGGGUCAACCACUGUGAAGACAGCAGCGACGAGAUGUGCUGCAAAGCUUGUCGAGGCCGUGCGUUCCACUGCCAGACGAACGUGUGCAUCUCGGAGCACGCUGUAGGAGACGGCAUCCGGGACUGUCUGGGGGGAGAUGAGGAGGUGGAGGAGGAGAUCAAGGCCUGGAGGGAGAAACUGAAGACGCGGGAGGAGGAGGAGGAGGAGGGGAGCAAUUUCAGGUCAAGGACAGAUCAUCCAGUUGGAGCAGGAGAAGAGCCCUCCGUCCAAGAGGAAGAUAUUUCUGUGCCUAAACAAGCGGUCAAGGAGCAGAGGGAUCUGCUGGAGACGUUGGAGUGUGGCAUCCCCAACCUGGACUACAAGCCCCCGCCCAGACCAGCUGGAGCAAACAAGAGGAGGAAGAGGGUGGUCGGGGGCCUGGAGACUGAACCGACUCAGAUCCAGUGGCAGGUGGCCAUUCAGGACGAGGGCAAGGUCAACUGCGGGGGAGCGUACCUGGGGGGCUGCUGGGUACUGACUGCCGCCCACUGUGUCAGGAAUAAUCCAGAUGCGUUCCGUGUCAAAUUCUCUCUGUGGGAAAAGCGUGACAGGAUCGACACGACAGACAUCUCCUUUGUCCACAAGGUGCAUAUCCACCACAGUUACGAUGCGGCCAGCUACGAGAACGACAUUGCCCUUCUGGAGCUGAGGUCGUUCAAGGUUGCGAUCCCAGGCUCCACAGAGAGCAUCACCAUGUGCGUGCGUGAAAACCCGGCCAUACGCUCCGUCUGCGUGCCCUGGUCGACGGAGCAAUUUCAGCCCGGGCAUAACUGCACCAUCUCCGGAUGGGGCAGAGAUGGAGAGGGUAAGGCCCAGAACAGGCUCAUGUGGGCCAGUGUCUCACUGAUUGACAAUUGUCAAAACUUCUACAAAGAACGCUACCGCCCAGGAAUGAUGUGUGCAGGUGACUUGCAGGGCCACGUGGACUCGUGCCAAGGGGACAGCGGGGGUCCCCUGGUGUGCAAGGACCCCAGCGGGGUAUCGUACGUGUGGGGCGUGGUGAGCUGGGGGGAGCGCUGCGGCCAGAAGGGCUAUCCCGGCGUCUACACACAGGUGGCGCACUACUACAACUGGAUACGCACCAUCACCGAGAAGUUCAUCACCAAGUACAACGACUGAGCAGAGCAAGCCACUGGAGCGGACACACUGUGAAAACACAGAUACACACCUCACACUCACUCACUCACACACACACACACACACACACACACA